AUUCCAUUCCUUUAUCUCAUAUCAACAUGGAAAAUUCUGAUGAUGAACGUGUAGCCGAUGCUAUUGUUGACAAAGAUAGAUCUACAAAGCGUGAGCUCCACAAGCAAAACAAAAAACCAGGAAUUAUAUACCUGAGCACAGUUCCGGAAUUCAUGAGUGUUCAAAAAUUAAAAAAUAUUUUCGGUGAAUACGGAGAAGUGAAAAGAACAUUUUUUCAGCCAGUGGAGAAGAGUUACUCUUAUAAAAAGGGUCUACUCUUUACUGAAGGAUGGGUUGAGUUUUCCAGCAGGAGUGUUGCCAAAUAUGUUGCACUAGUUCUUAACAACACCCAAGUUGGCGGCAAGAAGAGGAAUCCUUGGUACAGUUGUAUCUGGAAUAUUAAAUACUUACCUGAGUUCACAUGGACAGAUGUUAAUGCUGAUAGGGAACUGAAAAAGGCUACAUUUGAAAGCAGACUAAGAGCUGACAUAUCCCAGGUUAAAAAACAGACAUCAUUUUAUACAAGUAGUUUGGAGAAAUCCAAAGCAAUGGAUGAGAUUAAAAAACGUAAAGAGAAAAAGGGUGAGGUGUUUGAGCGAAGGGAAUUCGGUGAUGGUGUGCGACAACGGUUAACAGAUGAAGAAGUUUUGGCACAAAAACAGUCGCUGAAGCGCAAAUCUGACACCUCAUCUGGAGAGAAAAAAGCCAAGAAAUCAAAAAGUACAUUUGGUAGCAGUGAUGAAUUAGAUACAAAAGCAUUUGUUAUGAGCCAUAUUUUUGGCAUGACUUAAUGUGUAAAUUCUUGUUUGACUGCUGAAUUUUUUAAUAACACACCCAACUGGGCAUUUGGUCGGAGGAUGGACAUCAAGAUUUUGUUUAACAACUUUUUGAAAAUGGAUAUAAACACAUUUUUAGGCCAUUGUUUUAAGUAGCUUAAAGUUUACUUUUACCAAAUUGAUUGAAACAAUAAAUUUAUUUAGCAACAUGUAGUCAAAAAAAAAUGAAUUUGUUCAAUUUUAUGUGCUAAGUGUUCCACUGAUAUUACUAACAUGUAUCCUUAUCAGUAGUAUUCAAUGUUAAAAGAAUUUAAGCCAUACAUUUAUGGUGAACUAUUAAGUAAAUAGGUGAAAACUAUUUGUCAUUCUUAUAGUUAUUAGCAACAGAUACCUGUUUCAUAGUGCUUCACUUUAUUUGAUCAAGACCUUCUUCUUCUUUUUUUUU